ACGACAACGCAUAUUAGCUAAGUGCUAGCAUUUGUUUGAGGCAGAUAAACGCGUUCAGACUGAACUCAGGCUGUAAGAAAUUGGUAUGUAACAUAGAGUAAGUUUACCUUUGUAGUCCUUUUAUCUGAUAUACUCCGUGUUCGUUUUCACGGACGGAUUAAACCUCCAUUGGUUCGGUUAGUUGUUUAAUGCUAAGUGGCUAAUGCUGAUCGGUAAAUGGGCAUUAGCCAAACGGCUGGUUAAGAACUCGGUUGUAACGGGCGGACUAACGGAAUUCACCCGGGGAUGUGUUAGUGUCCUAUGGAGCGGGCUGACCGGGGGAAAGACACCAGACUGCUGAAGAACCAACUGUACGACGAGAGUCUGGAGGUGGUCGACUGAGAGAUAGCGAGCGUCUACAGCCCGUCUCCCCGCAGCCAGCAGCGGUCAGAGUUUAGGAGGAGCUGGAAAGAGCGUGGCCUGAUGUCGGCCAACAGUGACGAGUUUGAUGAGGACCACAAGCCUCAGAGGUCCAACGAGCCAACCGGCAGACAGCCUGGGGCCAGUCCAAAUGAGGAGGACGAGGAGGAAGAAGAGGAAGAGGAGGACUCCGAUGAAGAGGACUCCGAUGAUGACGACGAGCCUGGCGAGGCUCCAGAGGGGGCUUAUGACCCCGCAGACUACGCCAACCUGCCCGUCAGCACAGAGAUCAAAGAGCUGUUCCAGUACAUCACGCGAUACAGCCCUCAGACCGUAGAGCUGGAGCACAGCCUGAAGCCCUUCAUCCCAGACUUCAUCCCAGCUGUGGGAGACAUCGACGCCUUCCUGAAGGUACCGAGGCCGGAUGAUAAAUCAGACAGUCUGGGUCUGCUGGUUCUGGACGAGCCAAGUGUGAAACAGUCAGAUCCCACGGUGCUGUCGCUGUGGCUGUCAGAGGAAACCAAACAACAUGGAGCCACUGAGUUGAAGAAGGUAACCAGCGUUGCCAGUCCUCAGACUAACCCUCGGGCAGUUGACAGCUGGGUGGAGAGUAUCAGCGCACUGCACCGCUCCAAACCUCCAGCAAGCGUUCAGUACAGUAGAGCGAUGCCGGACAUUGACAGUCUGAUGCAGGAGUGGCCCGCCGAGCUGGAAGAGCUGCUGGGACGCCUGCAGCUGCCUCCCGCCCGCCUGGAAUGCAGCCUGCCCGAGUACACCGACAUUAUCUGCGGCCUGCUGGACAUCCCUGUUUACAACAGCAGGAUCCAGUCUCUGCACCUGCUGUUCAACCUCUAUUUGGAGUUCAGAGACUCUCAGCACUUCACACGCAGAGCUUAGAGAGAGGCUGGAUUAUCCACAACAAAGUGAUACACAUUGGAAGAAAACCUGUAUAUACAGUAUACAGAAAGUAGUGAAAGCCGAUGUUAAAUGAUUUCAUGUCUGUAUUCUGGCUGCUUAUUUAUGUGACACCUCAACGUGUCGUAGCAGCUGUUUAUUGGUCCAGAAAUUUCUUGGGUCAGAGGUGAGAAAAUGUUCAGGAUGUCCUCAGUUUGAUUUUCUCCUGUUUACUUUAUAUUUUUAAACUCUCAAAUAAAAGCAAGAAUGCCUUUAAAACACACUAAAUUUUCUAUAUAAAUUUAGUUGUUUUUGUGUUUUACAGCACAUUACACACCACUUAUUUAUUAUGAUGGAUGUGUAAACAGAUACUUCAGUGGUUUUAAUGACUUUACACAGAACACAGCCUAAUUAUUAUUUUUAUUAGCAGAAGGAAAACUAUGUUUUUCUCUCAUUUCCUUUAACUUUUUGUACAUUGACAAGUGAGUUUCAGGCCUCACAGACAAUAAAGAUAUUGGAGAAAAGA